AUGGACAAGUCGGUGAAUCAUUUGGAGCAAUUUCUGCUGUUGGCAAAGACGACGAAAGGUGCUGCUGCCGUUGAAUUGGUGAAGCAGGCCCUCGAAACUCCAGGCAUCUAUGUUUUUGGUGAACUGCUUGAUGCUCCAAACAUAAUAGAAUUAGCAUCAGGUACAAACAAAAUCUAUUAUGACUUGCUAACAUUGUUUGCUUAUGGAACAUUGCUUGAUUACAACAAGAACAGAGAUAAAUACCCUACUCUCUCUAAAAACCAGCUACAGAAGUUGAGACAUCUGACUAUUGUUUCUUUAGCUACAAAAUCAAAAUGCUUGUCAUAUGAUGUUUUGCUGAAAGAACUGGACUUUACUAAUUUAAGAGAACUGGAAGAUUUAAUUAUAGAGGUGAUCUGUGUGGACAUCGUAAGAGGUAAGUUGGACCAGAAGCAACAACAACUCUUCGUCGAAUAUGCAUUGGGCCGAGAUGUCCGACCCGAAGAUGUCAAAUACACCAUACAGGUCUUCGAUGAUUGGUGUCAAGGAUGUGAAUCUGUUCUUCAUAACAUUGAAAUGUUGGCUAAAGAUGCAAACAAUUGCAAAGAUAACUACAGCAAACGGAUGUCAAAAAUUGAACAAGAAGUAAUUUAA